GGGAGCAGGAAUGCCAACAUGGACCCGUGGCGAGGACGGGAUGUGAGCGCGAGGCGACAAUAACACGACGGCGGCGAGGAAAGACACAAAAACACCAAGAACCGUCGACGGCGUGGCGUCCCCCCGCCGAGCCCCCGCCUGGAAACACACGGUUUCUGUGGUUCAUCUCGAGUCAUUUUUGGAGCAGCUCCUCAACAUUUGGUCCAGAUCCAUGGUGUCCCUAAGCAGCAGAACCCUGGACACGGAGCUGUUCCGGGACAGCGGCCUGUUCUCCAUCUGCCUGGAGGUCGAUGCGAGCAGCAAAGGUGGCAGCUCGGCCUCGUGCGGCAGCCCCGGCGUGGAGGAGCAAGGGACUGUGUUCAGCUUCAGCCCUGAAGAUGGGGAAGAAGAGGAAGAUGAAGACAAAGGUGGGAGUUUGAAGAUCCUUUUCAAUGCAGACCGAGAAACGGGAUCAGCCCUUCUAGAGCCCAAGCUGCCAGAAUUUCCGUUUCAGCCCUCUUCACCGUUCUCCCCCACCCUGGAAGACAUUGAGGAGUUCCUCAAGGAGAAGAUGGAGCUGGUCAAGGAGGAGCUCCUGACCCAGAAGGUGGACUCGUCCUCUCUUCCAUGCAGCUUGAGCUUGAUGGACUCUCCAUCAUCCUGCCCAUCCCAGAUUCUUUCCACAGACAAUGACAGUGACCUGGGCACCAGCACCACCCUUUGCUCUUCCAGCCCAGAGACCCCCAAAAGAGAAAAAACAGGUCUUAUCCAAGCCGAGGCCCCCACCCCUUCACCUCCCACUCUGACUCCGUCAAUGCUCCUCGGAGCUCCCGUGGUCCUGCAACUGCAGCCGUUACCUCAGCCUCCAGCAGGGUCUCCCUCCGGGGCCCAAAGUGGCAUUUGGCUCACUCACCUGGUCAUGGGGCUCCAUGGUGCUACGGCUCCAAAUCUGACCCUGCUGGCCCCCCAGGUGUCCUCUGCAUCCACAACCGCUGCCCUGGUCUCGCUGAGCAACGGCGACAAAGUAGUGGAUCAGAAGUACGUGAAGAUCGCUCCGCUUCCCAUCACCACCAGGACUCUUGAGAUCACAGCCAUUGCAGGAAACGGGGCCCAGGGGGCCUCGCUCAUAAAGCCACAGGCCCCACGGGUCACCAGAGUACCCCAGACGGAAAGGGUCCACAAGUGUUCCCACCCCGGAUGUGGCAAGAUGUACACCAAGAGCAGCCAUCUUAAAGCGCACUUCCGUCGACACACCGGAGAGAAGCCCUACACCUGCAGCUGGCCCGAGUGUGGCUGGAGGUUCUCCCGAUCUGACGAGCUGUCUCGCCACCGGCGCUCUCACUCGGGCAUCAAGCCGUACGAGUGCACGCUGUGUGAAAAGAAGUUUGCUCGCAGCGACCACCUGUCCAAACACACCAAGGUGCACCGCAGCUCCAGGCCCAGCAGGAUCCUCAGAGCCACCGUGUGACCCUGAACGUGGGGGUGGGGGUGGUGUUGCCAGCGUUCCUCAGGACUUCAGGGUGCUCAGAUUCGGAUCAUGGAGAGCUGCUGUAGUUUCCUUCCUGUCUCUUCCUGCUGUUCUCCUCGGAGCGACCCAUCUGAGGAGCUCGCCUUAGAAUGAGCAAUUCGGCCACCUCAGGAACAAGCUGCACUCAAAGUGGACUUUACGCACACGGAACAGGAGCCGGGCUGACAGAGGCCCCUCUUCCAGCCAUCGCUUGCACUUUGCUCCUGUAGCUGCCAGCCACUGUGGGUGGGGGGAAGGGGGGGGGGAUCAAUACCGGGAAGAUCUGUCAGUGACCUGUUUCUGAUCCACGUCUGCCAGUCCCUCAUCCUCAAAGCCAAACGUCAGGGUUCACACGCACAAGUAUCAGGAGGCGUCCUCCCAUGUGUCCCAGUGGUGUCACGAGUUUUGAUCACAAGGCCUGGCCAGACGGGGGGGGGGCGUGUGACAGAAACUCUCUCGGGGAAAAUUAUGAAUAGCAAAGGAGCCUCCUGAGAAAGAUGACAUUUAGAGACAAUCUAGUGUAAAGGAGCUGAAUGUAACGUUUUCUGCAUCCAGCUCUGGCCUUUUAGUCCUUUCAUCCAGUCAUGACUCGCUACAUUUGGACCGUAUGCCUUUCUCUGUCCUUAAUGCCUUUGUCUUCAUCACAAACUUCUUUGAACCCAGUUUGAGGGGUUUCAUACUAGAGCCCGGCCGAUAUCUAUAUAUAUAUAUAUAUAUCUAUAUAUAGAUAUAUAUGUGUGUAGAUAUAUUUGUAGAUAUUUUAGGCCAAUUUAGGCGUUUGGGGACCUAUUGGUAUCGGUCAUAAUUCAUUCAACCUUUAUUUAGACAGGUUAAUCCCACUGAGCCUCGGGGCUCAUUUACAAGAGAGACCUGAUUUCUUAACAAAGAGUGAUGACAACAAUGGACGACGACGACAACGAUAGACAGUCACAAAACAGGCAUACGCUUUUUUUUUUAACAAAUCAAAACAGAAUGGCAACCAAAAGGAAAAGUAGCAGGGAAAAACC